UUUCUGCUACAAUGAUCUUACGCCCCACGUUAAGCUAUGUUUUCUUUAUUUAGGACUUUUUCGAAAAGGAUUUGAAAUACCUGUGAGAAGGUUGUUUCGGUUGUGGCUUGCCGAGGGUUAUGUAAAGUCAUCAGAAGGGGUUAUUCUGGAGGACAUUGUAGAGGGAUAUCUUAAAGAGCUUGUGAAGAGAAACAUGGUGGAAAUAACAAAAAGACGAUCUGAUGGAACUCCCAAAAGAUGCAGAAUGAUUGGAGUUCUGUAUGACAUCUUCAUGCCGAAAGGUGUAGAAAUAGGCCUCUUCCACCUCCACCAAACGUCGGAUGAAAAUCCAAAUACAACAGCAGAACCUCGAUUUGGAGUUCGCCGGGUGGUUGAAUACACCAAUAUCAAAGACUACCCAUCUACCAAACCUUUCAACCAGAAUCUACGGUCCUACAUAUCCUUCAACGGAAGAAAGAAAGAUACGCCUGCCGAAGAAAUAGGAACAUUUUUAGAAAGAAUCAUUGGAGUAAGAGGUUUUGGAUUACUCAGGGUGCUUGAUUUAGAGGGUGUUUAUCGACCACAGCUACCGGAGAAUCUGGGGAGCUUAUAUCACUUGAGGUAUUUAGGAUUGAGAUGGACUUUCUUAGACACUCUUCCGUCUUCACUUGCUGAUCUGCUCUACCUUGAAACACUUGACAUCAAGCACACACAUAUCACAGCGCUCCCAAGUUCUAUAUGGAAUAUGAUGCAUCUCCGACAUCUUUGUCUGAACGGAGUUCGUCUAGAUAUACCUGUGCAGUCAACCAGACAUAGAGAUCCGAGCCAGCUCCAAACUCUAUGGGGUUUGUUCGUAGACGAGAAGAUCGCAAGAAAGAUUGGUGUAACUUUGAGCAGAAUGACCAACCUACGAAAACUUGAUCUGACAAGGCAGACAUCCUCAACAGUAAAAACAACGACCAACGAAACGGCAACAACGACCACCACUACGACAACAUGCCAUUCAUCCUCCUACAAAGAAAUUGGUUUGUGGAUUUCAUCACUGUCUAGCCUUCGGUCUCUAAGAUUGAGGUCCAAGGACAAAAUGGGCCGGCCUUCAGAGCUCAUCGUUAAACCUUUCUCGAGUCUUGUAAAUCUCUCUCAACUGUACUUAUUAGGAAGUUUACACAAAUCUAUUGAUUGGUACCAGAUGCCACCUGCACUCGAAGUUCUUACUUUAUCAGUCUCGCAGCUAGAAAAAGAUCCCAUGCCGACACUAUCUCAGCUGCCGAGAUUGAUUGUCCUGAGGCUUUUAGCUGCUUCUUAUGUGGGAGAAGAAAUGUGUUGUCCGGAAAACGGAUUCCCUAAGCUCCAAGUUCUGAAGCUUUGGAAUCUGGAAAGGUUAAAAAUUUGGACCGCGCAUGGUGGAACAAUGCCGAAUCUACACACCUUAGACAUUAGGUGUUGUAGAGAGCUAGAGGAGAUUCCUGUAACCUUGCUGCAGAUAUCGAGUUUUGAUAAUUUGAUCUUGACAAAUAUGCCAAAGCAGUUUGUUUCUAGUACUCGAAAGAAAAAGAAGAAACAGACCAAGAUUGUGGAAAAUGAAUAGAACGGCUGAGUAACGGUGCCACUAGUAAACCGAACUUUUAUCUAUCUUGACCUAUCCUUGAAAGAGUCCAAACCCAAGUUGUAUCUGAUUGCUUUGGGCCUGAGCAGCUGUUUGUGUUGGGUAAUCUUGAUGUUGCGGGUUAUUUACGGGUCAAGUUCGGAUCGACG